CCACCCCCGCAAGAGAGACAGUUUUCCAUACGCGAAAAGAAAAUCAUAAACAUAACUGAAAAGAUAGUUGAUUUUAAAGGGCGCGCAGCUAGCCGGGGCGUGAAAACGGAUUUGUGAGGCGUUAUCACCACACGGGCCGCUAUACGCCACAACUGCGCAGCAGCAGCGACAGAGCAGAGCAAAGGGAGCAGCAGCAACAGCAACAAGAACAAAAACAAGAGCGCAAAAAGGCGAGAAGGAGGAGUAAUCAAAGUUGCUUGUUUUGAUUUCUUGGAACGGCGUCGCCACUCCCGCUCUCCGCUGCACGCUCCACGCUCCAGCAACGCUCCGGAUAAAGCUGGCCAGGCAUAAUCAACUUGUUGCGGGAGGCAGUCGUCGCCCAGUAUUGAUUUAGUACAUGUAGGAGGCGGACGCUUCCCAGUCACAGUUGCAGUUGCCUCGCCAAUACACCAUAUUUUGUGUUUGUUUUCAACAUAUUAUUCGUAUUCCCUGAGUGUGUGCGCCUGUGUCUGUGCUGUGUGCGUUUGUGUCAUUGUGAAUCCAAAGCGGAGAAGGAGGAAGCGGAAGGCAGGAAGAAACCGAAACCAAAAGCGGAAUUGACGCAAUUGAGAACUAUUUUUAAUGACGACGCCGCCGACGACGGCCCAAAGUUGAGCCCGCCCGCUAACACGCCAGAAAUCGAAUCCCCGGCAGCAAUAGUCGAUGGCAUCGGUCUGUCGUUGAAAAUGUUUGAAACUCAUCAAAGAUUCACAAGUGAAAAAGGGCAGUGAUUACCGGAGAACUGCCGGACAACAAAGCACGGAGCACGGACAGUGGACAGCGGACCACACACACCACCGAUAGACCACCAUGGCCAUGGUCACCGAGCAGCGGUCAGGGCAGCGCCUGCCCUUGUUUCCCAUUGAGCCAGAGCCACCAGCCACGGUCACGCAGCGCCUAACGAUUGUGGUCACCAGGGUCCUACGUGCACUGCAAUUAAAUUGGAGGAUUAUCGUUUCCGGCAUCACCAUGACACUGCUGGCCGUCAUCUGGUAUUAUCCGACCUUCUUUCUGUUCUUCGCCUUCGUCGUCUAUUCCCUGGUGCUGGUCUUUGCGGCUGUGGCCGGCACCGUCUAUAUCCAUUAUAUAUUCACCACCAAUGAGCCGACGCGACCAAGUCGCGUGCCCUCGCGACUGCUCUACAAUGCCACCAAAAGCAACAUUUUUGAUCUGCCCAAGCCCAUCAAGAAUCCAUCGAAUCUGCCGCUAAUCUUUGGCAAGACGGUGGACCUGCAGCUGCAGCAGAUCAUUGAGUAUGUGCUGCGUGACUUUAUGUUGCCCUGGUUGGGAUAUGUGGUCACCAAGCCCAAGCUUAUUAACGAUGUGGUGCGCGAGGAUCUGUGGAAUGCAAUUCAGAAGAUACACGAGCGAGCUACCAAAAUGGAUGCAGCCAAGAUUAUAGCAGUGGAUAUGGUGAAUCGGGUGACGGUGCAUCUGGAAAAGAUUCGCAUAGCAGAGGCCAGGGCGUCGGAGACCAAUUCGGCUCCUGUUUUUAGCACCAACUCGUACCUGGCCGACGAAGACAUGGAGAUGGAGUUCCUGCGCAAGCUGUGUGAGAUUAUGGUGAUCCUGCUGCUGCCACGCGGCUAUUCCCUGCCCCCUCUGAAGGUCCUGCUCAGCGAGAUUCUGUCCUACAAGAUCUUCUUUCCCAUGAUCAAGAUGCUGACAUCCCCCGAUUACAUCAACCAGAAGGUGGUGCAGAACAUCGAGACUCGUCUGGCCGCGGCAGCUAUGAGUAAACGGAGCUACGAGUACGCCGCCAGCUUCGAGGACUUCCUCAAGAUCAUCAACAACUCGGGCAGUCUGGAGGAGCUGUCGCUUAUACGCAAGAGCAUCGUGAACGAUCUGAUGCAUGCUACAACCAUGCAGAAUCUGCAGCGGGCCAAGGGCCUCGAUCCGGAUCAUGAGGAUCACUCGCUGACCAAGUCGGAGCACACAGCUGCCGUGCGGCUGAAGCGCUACGUUCGCCAGCUAACGAUGGCCAAGUCCGAGUGCGAGAAGAAUCUGGCCAAGUUCGGUUGGAAUGGCAACUACUCCAGCGAUAUUGAUCUUACGCUGGUAGAGAUUCUAAACACAGCAGUGGGCCGGCGCUACUUCACCUUGUUCCUGGAGCCACUCAAAGCAAGCGCUUUGAUUGGAUUCUAUUUGGCCGUUGAGGAGAUCAAGCACGCGCACAAGUCGGCUAGCCAUCAGCUGGGCACGGAGAUAUUCUACACAUACAUUCGGGUGCCCAAGUCGGAGAUACAGAUUGAUAAGCAUGAGCGCAAGCUGAUCGAGACGUUCCUGCUGGGUGACGCCGACCCGGAUAUUUUCUACGACAUUCAACGGAAUGUGCUGCGCACCCUGGAGGAGAAGUAUUAUCCUCCGUUCGUGCUGAGCGACCAGUAUCGCCAGCUUAAGGAGGCCCUAGACUCGAACGAGAUUGCCGAUCCCACGCUUCUAAUGUGCCACGAUACGCCAGAGGCGCUGGCCGAUGACCAGGGUGCGGGUGGUGGUACAGAUGGCUGCAAUGGCGGUGGUCUCGGCGGUGGAGGUGGUAGUGGUGGUGGCGGUGCCAUCGAUGUGGCUGCGCACACCUCGUACGCACGACGGAAGCUAGAGCAGAUACAGGAACGCAUCGACAAAAAGAACCAGGCGCUGGACGCCCUCAAGUAUUCGGUGAAGCCAGAGUCCAAGGUGCUCUCCAUUCUUGAGAAGGAGAUGGAGUGGCUGAAGAGUGAGAAGCGUCAGACGGAGGCACAUCUGCGGAGGACAGACGCCUGGACGGAGCACCUGGGCAAGUGGAAGGCCACCAUUCAGAGUGUGGAGGUAUCCGAUGAGAAGGAAUCGCUGCAGUUCAUGAUACUGGUGCAUGUGGAUGAGGACAUUAAUGCUCCCUCUCAACCUUCAGCGAAAAACGGCGACACUGGUGGUGUCCACACCAGCGUCCAUCAACGCAGGCGGCCCUCAGGCAUCUCCAGCGGCUGGGUGGUGAUGCGUUCCCUUAACCAAGUUCAUGAGCUGCAAAGGAAGCUGCGGCAUGUUAGCUCUAACCUGAAAGCUCUUGACCUGCCCACGAAUUUCAAGUUCUUCUUUUUGAAGACCGACCGACAUGGCCAAGAGAAGGCCAAGGCACAGAUCCAGAAGUUUCUCAAUUUCAUUCUGGAGGACGACCAUCUGAAUGGCAGCGAAGCCAUCUAUACGUUCCUCAGCCCCAGCUCGGAUCACUUGAAGCAGUCGUUGCCUUCGCCGAAGAAGUCCAAGUUCUCACUGUCUACGCUUUUCCGCAGCGAUGCGGGGAAGGCGCACGAUGCGGCCACCAGCCGAGCCACCGAUCCCUUCUGGGGGCUGCAGCGCGACGACGACGACAUUUCCACGUAUCUGGACGGUGAGUCUGGGGGCGAGGCAAAGCUCCUGCCAACGGAUCUGGACAGCAAGGACUCGAUAGCGGAGCCCAUGUACGCACUGAUGGGCGAAAUCUUCGACAUGGGCGGUGUGUUCAAAUGGUUGCGCAAGAGCCUCAUCUCAUUUGUUCAGAUAACAUACGGACGGACGAUCAAUCGGCAAAUCCGUGAGUCGGUGGCCUAUCUGUUCGAGGAGUCCAUGCUGCACAACUACUUCUCGGCCAUCCUCAAGUCCUUUUGGCCGGGCGGAGUCCUUGCGUCCGCCUAUCCAGCGCGUUCGGAGGAUAUGCGUGAAAUGACCAGCACGGCGGCCAAGGCCUUGCUCACCGACCAUAUACCUGAGGUGCUGUGCAAUCUGGUCGGCGCCCAGGCGGCCAAACGAGGUGUCCUCAAGGUGUUUGAGGCCCUGCAGAAUCCCGCCUACAACAAGCAGCUUUUCUACGAACUGCUGGAGAUACUCAUGAUUGAAUUCUUUCCCGAGAUCCGCCAGCUGCGUGUGACGAAUACGAAUGGCUCCAAGCUGAAUACGGCAACGGCUGGAGCGGCGGCUGCUUCGGCUGCAGCGACCCUGGCAGCGGCCACAGCGGCUGCGUCGUUGCCUUCCCUAAGCCACAGUGGCACAGGCGGCGGAGGUGGAGGCGGACAUAGUACAUCAACUGGGCAGAAUCAUCAGGGAUCGACCUCAUCGGCCUCGAUUGGUUCGUCAACGAGCAGCAACUCCUUGGGCGGCGGCGGCGGAGGAGUAGCGCAUCAGCAAUCGCACUACCACCUUGGAUCCCACCACCACCUGCACCAAGCGAGCAGCUCCAAGUAGCUUCAAGUAGCUCCUGGUAGCUUCAAAUAGCUCCCGGUGGCUUCGAAGUAGCUCCUAGUAUCUCCAUGAAGCUCUGAUCAGCUUCUGGUAGCUCUUCGUUUUAAUAUAUAUUUUUUUGUUUUAA